ACAUGUUAAUCAAGUUAUUGCUUUUCUAUUAAGUUUGUGAUAUUUAGUUCUUAAUAAUGCUUAACUAUUAAGAAUAAUGAUAUUUUAAUAAACAAUUUUCAAAAAUAGAAAGGUCGAGCGCGUGUUGGCUUCAAUGAAAGUGUAAAUACCGACACGUAUACAGGUUCCAGUUUUAGUAAAAGAUCUUGGUAACUUUGAAGCAAAACAUGUAUCAAUUAGAACUGGAUCUGGAGAAGGAGGUAAACCUCAUAUUCUUAGGGAUGAUCAACAAAAUGAUGUUCAGCAAUCAGAGUCUGAGUAUGGUAUGAAUAUGGUAUGCUCUGAUGAGAUUUCAUUAGAUAGAUCAGUUCCUGAUACAAGAAUGCCUGAAUGCAAACAUUGGAAUUAUCCAGAGACUCUUCCUCGAACUAGUGUAAUUAUAGUAUUUCAUAACGAAGGUUGGUCAGUACUGAUGAGAACUGUUCACAGUGUAAUAAAUCGUACUCCUCCUCAAUUUUUAGAGGAGAUCUUGCUAGUAGAUGAUUAUUCUGAUAAAGAUAAUUUAAAAGGGGAUUUAGAGUCCUAUAUAGAACAGUGGAAUGGGAAAGUGAAAUUAAUAAGGAAUUAUGAAAGAGAAGGUCUGAUCAGGACUAGAUCACGUGGUGCACGUGAAGCUAAGGGUGAAGUUAUAGUAUUUUUGGAUGCACACUGUGAAGUAAAUGUUAAUUGGCUACCACCUCUUUUAGCUCCAAUAGCUGCUGAUAGAACUGUAAUGACAGUUCCUGUCAUAGAUGGAAUUGAUCACAAAACUUUUGAAUAUAGACCUGUGUACCAGGAAGGACGCUUAUAUAGAGGUAUUUUUGAAUGGGGAAUGUUAUAUAAGGAAAAUGAGCUUCCUGCACGGGAACAAAAAACGCGACCUUACAACAGCAUGCCAUACAAGUCUCCUACUCAUGCUGGUGGUUUAUUUGCAAUAAAUCGUGAAUAUUUUCUAUCGUUGGGUGGAUAUGACGAAGGUUUGCUUGUAUGGGGUGGAGAAAAUUUUGAAUUAUCGUUUAAGAUAUGGCAAUGCGGAGGAAGUAUCCUUUGGGUACCAUGCUCGCACGUUGGUCACGUAUACAGAGGAUUUAUGCCCUAUACGUUUGGCAAAUUGGCACAGAAGAAAAAAGGUCCACUGAUAACCAUAAACUACAAAAGAGUUAUCGAGACUUGGUUCGACGAUAAAUACAAGGAAUUCUUUUAUACAAGAGAACCAUUAGCACAAUUACUUGAUCAUGGCGAUAUAACAGAACAACUAGCCUUUAAGAAACGAAAAAGGUGUAAAAGUUUUCAGUGGUACAUGGAAAAUGUGGCUUACGACGUAUUUGAUAAAUUUCCUGAAUUACCACCAAACAUUCAUUGGGGAGAGUUACGCAAUGUGGCAACCGGAACAUGCUUGGAUACAAUGAGUCAUUCGCCGCCUAGUUUAAUGGCUACAUCACAUUGUCAUGGAUUUGGUAAUAAUCAGCUAAUUAGAUUAAAUGCAAAAGGACAAUUAGGUGUCGGAGAGCGAUGCAUAUCGGCUGAUAGUCUAGGUAUAAAAUUCGUAUUUUGCCGCUUAGGGACUGUAGAUGGUCCAUGGCAAUACGAUGAAAAAACCAAAACGCUUCUGCACAGAGUGCACAAGAAGUGUAUGGCACUUCAUCCUCAAACACAACAGCUGUCGUUAAUGCCAUGCGACAUUAAUAAUACCUAUCAACAAUGGUCUUUCCAUCAGAUUCAUCCACGCUGGUGAAGAAACGUAAGUACCGGUGCUGUUUGCAUUUCAGGCGAUUAAAGCCUAAUUAAAGACUUCUGGCAAAGCUAUGCAUUUACCGUUUUUCUUUUAUACAACUGACUAUAGUUAAGAUACGCAAUCUUUUACUUUUUGAAAAUUGAAAAUCCUUGAAAGGAAUUUAAAAUUCCAAUACAAUUUAAUCAAUUAUAAAAUACUAGUGUUGUAUAAUUUUAACAACAUUGGCACAACAUUUAUAACUGUACAUUUAAUUUUUACAUUUAUACUGUUUAAAGUCAUAUUUGUAUUUAUAUACAAUUAAAGCGUUACAAUUUUUAAUAUAACUAAGAAACUUUUUCAUACGAUUCCGAUGAAAUCUGUUGAUUCGGUAAAAGUACUUGCUAUGUUUGAGAUUUCUUUUACACGUUUUUUCUUGUAACAAAUAAAUCUAUCUACCAACUUUACUCUUUUCAAAGCUUUUAGAUUUAUUUUUUUAAUUUGAAAUAAAUAUGCCUUACGUGUGCUCAAAAUAGAAAGAGGAAGACUAUUAUUCCAUAAGACAGUUAUUUGGAAUGUACAUGUUUCAUUCAUUUUUGAAUGCAUUUCGCUUACAUUAUAACGUGAGAAUGUACGCUUCUAUUUUUGACUGAUUCUUCUUAAAAAGAGCAUGUUACUGAUGUAGAUCCAUAAUCUUUUUUAACU